AUGGAUCCUCAAAAGAUGAUUGGCUCGUUGGCUCAGAUACCACCAGAGAUCCGUCAACUGGUCAUGAGAGCGUGCGUUGAGCAGAGAUGCAUGACCAUGCUUCGCCUCAACUCACAACUCUACGAUGAAUUCGCUCCUCUCGUCCGAGAGAAUUUUGUUUUCAAUAUUACCAUCGACCCCAACUCGCCUCGCACGGAGGUUGCUUUAUUUGGCACAAACCCGGUCUUUCUGGAGGCACCUUUCGGCUCCACCAGUAUCAAGGUACCUGCAUGCCUAGAAGGACGAAAGCUCCCAUUCCACGCUUUUAAACGAGUUGACAUCGACAUCCACGCUCCUGAUCCAAGGGAUCCUGCCCAACUCAUCCGAGGAUUCCAGCAAGUGACACGCCUUCUGGACUGGUUAUUGCCUCGAUGGAGGCGUCCAUACGAUCCACCUGCGACGGAAGCGGAGAUCGAAAGUGGAUCGCACAACACAGGCUUCGAUCUACCACACAUCAAACUCACGUUUCUGCAAACGCCUCGACGAGCAUGGGGCAAGACCUGCGAACUGGCAGCGAGAACAAAGCCACCUCAACAAAGCAACUUCAACGCAGAGAUCUUUGACAGGUCCGACCUUGAGAUCAUGCUCUUGCCGUUCCAGAGGAUUAGGUACGCGGAGCAAAUGACGAUCAUCCUUCCGGAUGGCAGACCCCACCCGAUCUUCGAAGAGAUCUGCUUCCUUGUGCUCAUGUCGGCAGUACACAGGACCCCCUUCGGCUUGUGUGGCGAUCCGAAUGGCCCCGUCGGCGAACUAGACUCACGCCUACAAUCCCUGGAAGAUUAUUGCCAUGUAUGUCUCGACUACAUGCUCGACUACAUCCCAGGCUCCAACGCAAAUAAAUUGCGUCUGGAACGGUUCAGAAACUGGUCAUCGAAAUGGCGCAGAGAAAUGAAACACCGCCUGAGUGGCAAGAACAAUGGUGAGCUGGAAGAGAACUUUGGAGGCGCUCAAAGUCUGUUAGAUGCCCAGACUUUGCAAACGAUCCAACUUGCCAACAGUGUUCGACGAAUACACUGGUCAACGUUCUUCCCGAGAGCGCUUUGCCCGCAAUCUGGCUUAGGCGUGCCAGUAGCCUGGGAGACUGUAUAUCCAGAUGGGAUUCCAGCGCUGGGUUCUGUGGAAUGGCUGGAAUCGUUCAUGGACGCGUGCGUGCGAAAGGCGACGUAUCUAGCGGGUAUGGCGGUGGUGGUUAGCAGUGAUGAUGAGGUGUGAGAUGAGCGGUUUAUCAGGUCGGAUGAAAAUGUACAUUGAAGUCGGGCAGACUUACAUGAAGGAUGAUUUGAUGAUUUGUGUGCGAUGUAGAUAUAGCGUUUCUACACUACACUACCUCCAAU